AUGAGCCCUAAGGCGACGAUUUUCAACACGAGCGAGGCGGCGUGCGACGCGUACGACGCGGGCGACGACGCCGACGAGUGCACGUGGGCGUCGCUGCCGCCCGAGCUGCUGCGCGACGUGAUCGCACGCGUGGAGGCGAGCGACAGCUCGUGGCCCGGCCGGCGCAGCGUCGUCGCUUUCGAAGAGAAGGAAAAGAAGCAGCCGAGGUCGGGGAGAGCUGACUCGGUGCGCGUUGCGCCGUAUCAGAUGCAUGUCGGAAGAUGCGUCUCGGAGAUGAGGGAUCAUAAAAGUUUACUAAAUACGGCGUUUUCGGAAUUUGCCGAGAACCAGCACUUUCGCGCAUCCCCACUAUCCCGCUUUCCCCACUUCCCCCCAUCCCCUCUUUCCCGCUUCCCCACUUUCCCCCUUCCUCCCCUUCCGCGCAUCCCGCCCUUCCCCGAAUCCCACCUUCCGCCCAUUUUUCCCCGCAGCGAGCUGCUCCAAUCGCAGGGCUCCGAGCUGCUCCAAUCCCAGGGCUCGUACGAGUCGUCUGGGCAGAUCACGUUUCCGGACGAGUUAAGAAUGCCCGGGCCGCGCGACCGCUGCGUGGAGUGCUUCAUUCGCCGCUCGCGCAAGACCGGCACGUUCACGCUGUUUCUGGGCGUGCCGCCGAAUUCGACGGAAAACGGCAAGUUCCUGCUCGCGGCGCGCAAGUGUGGCUGGCGGCCGUCAAGCAUGGAGUACGUGGUUUCGCUAGACCCAAAAGACUUUUCGCGCGGCGGAAGUUCGUUCGUCGGUCGCCUGCGAGCGAAUUUCCUCAGCACGCGAUUCGCCGUCUUUGAAUCGUCGCACGAGCCCGCUUUUUCUCUCGGCGCGGCGUCGCUGGCGCACGGCGGAAGCAGCAGCAGCAGCAGCCGCAAGGUGCAUCCGCGCGGAGGCGCCCUCCCCGCCAACGGUUACCACCACCACUGCAGUCACUGUAGCAUUCGUUCCGGUUGUAGCGGGGCCAGUUGUAGCAGAGGCGGCUGUAGCAGGAGUAACGACGGGGUAGGGUUACUGGCCGCAGGUAGUACCAGCAGCAGUGGUUGUCGGGGUGAUUGUAAUUGUAACGGCGCGAGUGUCGCUGACACUGCCACGUCAGCAGCGGUUUCGCUUUCCCCGUCCCGCUCUGCUUCCCUCUCCGCCGCGCCUUCCGCCUCCGCCGCUCCGUCCCCCUCCGCCUCCGCGCGCGCCCUAACCGCCUGCCUUUCCCGCUCCGCCAACAACCUCGAAGGAUUCCGCUCCCCGCGCCUUCCUUCCGCCUCCGCGCCCCCUUCCGCCGCGCCGUCCCCCUGCCCCGCCGUCUCCGACUUCGCCUCCCCCCAAUUCAAACCCAGCUGCAUCGGCAGCCCCUUUCCCGGAAGCUGCGCGCACACCGGCGGGGGGGGCGCGGGCGGGGGAAGCAGCGGGGGGAUGGGCGGGGGAAGCGGCGGGGGGAGCGGGGGAAGCGGCGGGAGUAGCGGGCCGGUGGUGUCUGUAGCAUAUGCGCUGAACGUGCUGGGGGUGCGCGGACCUAGGCGCAUUCUCUGUACCCUGCACCAGGUCCCCGCGGGAGCGGCGGUCACUGGGGGAGGAGGAAGCGGGGGAGGAGGCGCGGGGAGAGCCGCGGGGGGAAAGGCGGGGAGAGGAACGGGGGCGGAAGGGGGGGGGAAGGGGGGACGGGAGGUCGUUGGCAAGGGGGGCAAGUGGGGGGAGCGGGCGGGGAUGGGGGGACGCAUCAGUGGUAGCGGGGGCAGCGGGGGAGGCAGCGGGGGAGGGGGCCAGGCGGGCAGCUGCAGCGGCAGCUGA